GUGGACACUGCCGUCAACGAUGACGAAAGAUAGAGAAGAACGUAAGAGGGAGAAGCAAGAGAAGAAGGAGAAAAAAGAGAAGAAAGAGAGGAAGGAGAAGAAGCGUCGCGAGGCUGAAGAGCUUGCCGUGAAGGAGAAGAAAAUUUCGAAAAAGCAUAAAUCGAAAUCCAAAGAGACAGAGAAGCCUGAGAAGUCCAAGAAGAAAUCGAAGAAAUACGAAUCGGAAGAAGAGGAGAAAUCUCCUAAGAAAUCUAAGGAGAGCAAGAAGAAACACAAGAGGUCUGAUGAUUCCGAAGAAGAGCCAGAGACUCAAAUCCUUGAUUCGAAGCCCGUUACGGUCCCGAUUGUUACCACUACCAAUGAGUCGGAUUCCGAUUUUGAGUUCGAUAAGGAAGAUAUCAAGAAUCUGCUUGAAUCUUACUCUAAGGAAGAGCUUAUUAACCUAAUUUACAAAACCGCUGAGAAAGGUUCUAAAUUGAUCUCAGCCGUGUUAGAAUCGGCGGAUAGAGAUACCUCUCAGCGUAACAUAUUUGUGCGUGGUCUUGGAUGGGACACGACGCAUGAGAAUCUCAAGGCGGCUCUUGAGGUUUAUGGUGAGAUAGAGGAGUGUUCUGUGGUUAUGGAUAAGGAUACGGGAAGAGCUAAAGGUUAUGGCUUUGUGUUGUUUAAGACGCGUAAAGGAGCCAGAGAGGCGUUGAGAAAUCCGGAGAGGAGAAUGUUUAAUCGAACCGUGAUUUGUAGUGUAGCUAAGCCGUAUAAUGCUGGAAAGUCUCGAGAACCAGUUGAAUCUGUGAAGAUUGAUUUAACUCAUACGGCUAAUAAUCAGAGUGAAGUGGCACUGCCUGGGAUUGAUAUGGCUCACGGACAUGGACUCGAUAAGGGACAUCAGCAGCAGCAGCAGCAGCAGAAUAUGCCAAUGUAUGCUGGACACAACAUGCCCUUCUACGGACAUGCUCAGCCUCCUGGUUUUAAUCCCAUGUAUGGUGCAAUGAUGGGUAGUCAAGGUGCAAUGAUGGGUAAUCAGAUGGUUGCUGGUUUACCGAACUAUCAUAUGUUUGGCUCGGGUAUGAUGAACCCUGGACCUAUGGUGCCACCAAACCAUAUGGGAAUGGCGGGGCAAUAUGUUGGUGAUGGUAAUGUUAGUGGUGUUGGUGUUAAUGUUGGUGUUGGUGCUGGUGCUGGUGCUGGUGCUAGCGCUGGCUCUGGUGCUGGUGCUGGUUUUGAUAAUGAACGUGCUUGGUAUCUGAGAUAAUAAGAGAGACCAAGUGGUAUGACCCUCUUCUCUGAUAUUUUUGCUGUCUCCCUGAUACUUCUGUGGUCUCUUUGAUUAGAUUUCAAGUUAUAGAUUAGGCUAAUGAUUAAUCCGGUAUCUUCAACUUGAUAUUUUGGAAUUGCUGGAGAUUUUUGAGUAUCUUUAUCUUCUAUGCCUGCUGUUUCAAACGUUAACUUUUUUAGUUCCAUUAAUUCUGGUCUCUUUUAAGAAGGUGUUUAUCCAUAUAUGACCCAUUAUUCUGAGGGAAAUGUGCAUUUAAAUGAUUUCUCUUGUC